CAAAUGUCCUGCGGGUGGCAGCAUUUUGUUAAUCCUUUGAAGAGCGUUCGGUUACUACGGUAACGCGUGGCUCACCGAGACCCCUGGUAUGUGACUUCAGAUUGAAUACGAAUUUAAUUUUACCAACAGUGUGGGACAAAGUAUAUUACCGUGAGUCUUGCCCCAUUAAACCGGCAGAAGAGUUUACACGUGCCUUGUCACAGUUAGCGAAGGUCGACUUGACUUUCGUACAAAGUGUGUAUUAGCAUGACGACUUAAUAUUAGCAAGAUGACUCAUUCAGUGUGUUCUUUCAGACAAAUUUGUUACUUCUUGUGUGUGUGUGCGUGAAUACUUGUUGCUUGACUUUUGUCGCAUUUUAACGGUGCAAAAUUCUUGGUAGUAUUUUGUUGACAUUUAUUUUCGCCUUCAUAAAUUAGACUUGAGAUCAAGAUAAUUCACGUCAUUUAAACAUUGUGUGUUCAGAAACGUUUGUGUCAUAUUUUAGCCUAAGUACGUAAACAUUCUGGUACCAUGGAUAACACUGACCGACUAGCUUUAAAAUAAAAGUUGUGAUUUACAAUGACAUUCACAAAGUGCAUGAUAAUAUUUACCUUUUCUUUUGUAGUCCCCCACAAACCCCCUGCAAUCAUGUCGAGGCUCACUGGAGGCCCAACCAUGCUGGCUGUGGACAGCAGGAGAUUAAGGAGAAUCAUUGCCGAAAAUCCAAACUGGUCCUUGGGCCUUGUGCCCUUUUUAUCAACCCUCUGCCUCGAAUGCAUUGUGAGAAACUUUGAGGGCACCCCCAUCUAUGAGGAGCUUAUACCCAGCCAGAGAGACUUUGUGCAGGAAAGACUGUCGCCCUCUCUACCCCUUCCUGUGACCGCCAACUUGGUCGAUGAUGGCGUCUACUGGCGCCGCUGCUGUGAGCAACGGUGGGAAAUUUGUGACGUGUCUCACUACAACCACAGCUGGAAGCGAAUGUUUUUUGAGAGGCACCUGGAAAAUAUUAUUGAGCAUUUCAUCCCAGAGACAACCCCACUUAGGAUCGUCAGUGAGGAGAUCCCACUGUGCGAGGCUUACGUAAGGAGGCUGGACAUCUCCCAGAUGUUGCCGCCCAUCAAGGAGGCCAAGAUUGGAAAGGGCGACGCCGUCGACUGGCUGAGCGAAACUGACUCGGACGCAGCUCACAUGGAACACUUUGACUUCCGCACUCUCCUGAAUCAGCUGAGCUGCCUGGAGGAGUUGCACUUGACCUACUGGGUCAAGCAGUGUGGGAUGAACUUUGAAUGGAAGAUGUUUGAGAUGGCCGAACGAGACUGCGAGACUCUCGCCAUGGCGCUUGAAUCCUGCAAAACCUUGAAGGUCGUACGACUCUACGAAAGUCACAUUGAUGAUCAAAAGUGCAAGUUGCUGGCUAAACACCUAGUGGACCACCCCUCCCUGAGAGAGCUCAACCUUUCCCACAAUGUGAUCGGAGAUAAGGGGGCCAAGGCUGUCGGCAAGCUGCUCAACAGCAGCAAACUGGAGAUCCUCAACUUGAGCGACAACAUUAUUCGAGACGUGGGAGCCAGCGCCAUUGCCGAAGCCUUGUUCAAUAACUGCACGCUUUUGUCCCUCAACCUCAGAAUCAACCGCGUGACCGACGAGGGCGGGCAAGCAACCGCCAAGGCCUUGCUGAACAACAGCACCCUGCUCCAUCUGCACUUGGGAGCCAACCUCUUGACUGGGCCCACUGCCAUUUUGCUCUCAGAAGCGCUGGCUAAAAAUCAAACGCUCAAGACCAUUAACCUCUCCUGCAACAAACUGGGCGUGGAUGGAGGCAAAGCACUGGAGGAGGCCAUUGCUCAAAACAGCUGCUUAACAGAAUGCGACGUCCGUCUGACAGAUAUCGACGAGCAGAGCGCGUCCAUCAUCAACCAGGUGGUUCGCGCCAAUAAGAGCGCGUCCCUCACCCGCCGGGUGGUUCGCGCCAACGGGAGCGCCUCCGUCAUCAACCAGGCGGUUUGCGCCGACGAGCACUUAGAGCAAGAACAAGCCGAUGAGGAGGAAGCACAAGACGACGAGGGAGAAUCACAAGAUGGGGAAGGUCAACCCCAAGACGAUGAGGUCCAACCAGAAGACAACGAGGUACAAGAACAAGAUGACGAGGUACAAGAACAAGAUGACGAGGGACAAGAACAAGAUGACAAGGCACCCUCUGAGGCGCGCGCUUCCACCAGCAGCACCUGAUGUCUUUAGAGUAAGCCUGACAGUCUCCAGACAAGAGUCCAGCAUUCAAUAAAAAAGACAAACUGCCCUGAACACUUGACAAAAAAAAAAACAAACAAUCAAAUGGAGUCAUUACAUGGUAAAGGGUUCAGUGCGUUUACGAACAGUCAUAAUAUCAUUUUCCAGUCUUUUAUGGAGCCGUUCUAUUCCAGUAGAUAGUUUGGUAUACCUGUAGCUUAUUACAGUUUGAAGCACAACUUGGCUAUGGCGUCUUUACGUAUAAAAAUGCAAGCAUAUCGUUGGCUGAAAUAUCCUUACGCUGAUUCUUGGAAACGUACGCAUGGCGAAACUCUCGUCCUUUCUGGAGGACACAAACACACCCCAACAUGUUUUUGAAAGUCAUCUGAGGAGAGUGUAAACGGUUCGAG